AUGCCCCUACACCAUGCAAAAAACCAUUUUCGAAAAGGGUCCCACGCCCUGAAAGACCUUCCUUGUAAGAUAUGCUCAAUAUUUGACUGUUAUUACAAUCAUUCUUUGAAGAACCGUUCGAAGAACCGGAUGCGGUCGAUCAUUAUAUCGUUGACGGUGUCACUCAUGCCAUAUGGUGGACCGAUUCUGGUUCUGAACUUGUUUUCGUUUUACCUACGGAACGAAGUCUGCGAGCCUUCAAGCAAGAUUUGUCGUCACCAGCGGUCAGCUCAAGAAGAGGAUCAAGUAAGACGCCUUCUGCAAUGUCGGUCUCGUCAGAAGAUGCCAAAGGAGAUAACUCAUUGUCUGCGGAAGUAUUCCACGAAACUGCUCGUAAGAAGACAAGCAGCUCCAUAGGUGGUAGUGAGAGAGAAAAAGAAGGGUUGUUCUCUUAUGGAGGAGGCGGAUCCAGCAUGGGUAAUGCUCCGCCAACGCGAAAGAGUGCAGAAGUUCGAGUAAUGCUUGUAUGGUUGGAGCGUGCCGAGGACAUGCUUCAUUUCCCCGUCGUUAUCAAUUCACGCACACAAAGCGAAGGCAGGCAAUAAUUGA